GGCAGGAAGAGAAAUCACUUCCUGUUUAUGUUCCGCCAAUGACGUCAUGCCGAUCAUAUUUAACAACCUGUUUUCAAACCAAAAGAGCGAAUAACUGCAGGAGUCCAGUCCUUUCUAUAUUACCAUUUGCACUCGAAUACGCUUGCGUAUUGGACCACUGGAGGGGGAAGAGAACAACCUGUGCUUGAAGUUUUAUAUUCGCCAUUGAUCACCUAGCUAGCCGGUCUGCUAAGUUCAGCUAACGUCUGAUGUGACUCUGCUAGCAAGCAAACCACUGAGCAAAACCUGACCAUCUGCUAUUGUAGCCAGCCUCUGUCGUCAUGGAAAAUAAGUAUAACCUUAAGAGUCCAGCGGUGAAGAGGCUGAUGAAGGAAGCUGCUGAACUGAGGGAUCCUACAGAGCAUUACCACGCCCAGCCACUGGAGGAUAACCUCUUUGAAUGGCACUUUUCUGUUCGUGGGCCGCCUGAUUCAGAUUUUGAUGGUGGAAUCUAUCAUGGCAGGAUUGUACUCCCCCCAGAGUACCCCAUGAAGCCCCCCAGCAUCAUCCUCCUCACACCAAAUGGAAGAUUUGAAGUUGGGAAGAAGAUUUGUCUGAGCAUCUCUGGCCACCAUCCUGAGACCUGGCAGCCAUCUUGGAGUAUCCGGACUGCCCUAAUUGCUAUAAUCGGAUUCAUGCCAACAAAAGGAGAGGGUGCCAUUGGAUCUCUUGAUUAUACUCCAGAAGAGAGAAGGGCCCUUGCCAAAAAAUCUCAGGAUUUCUGCUGUGAAACCUGUGGCUGUUCCAUGCGCUGUGCCCUCAUGGCCCUGACCCCCAACAGCAACCCUAGUGCCGAGGAUCACAAGGCCAAAGAGCUGGCUCAGCAAAUACAUUUCAAGGAAGAAGCCAGCUUACCCAGUCAAACCAGUGCAAGCAGAGACCCUGAAGGUGAGCCUUCAACCCUCCCCCCGGAAAAUCCAUUCCCCCCUGUGGACCAGGAGGCUGCAGAAAGCCCUCAGACUGAGCAGAACACCGGCCCGCUGGGACCUGGAGGAGCAGCGGGGGCUUUAAUGACUCACCGUAACCUCUGGGCCCUUUUCUCUUUUGUCCAGGCAGCAGGAGAGGGGCAGCCCCGCCCCUCUGACCAGCCCCGCCCCUCUGACCAGCCCCGCCCCUCUGACCAGCCCCGCCCCUCUGACCAGCCCCGCCCCAGCCGGCCUCUCAGCCCCCGGCAGCGGCGCAGCCAGCGGGGCCAGAGGGAGGGCCGGGAGGCCCCCCCCAGAGUCCCCUUUGUCCCGGCCCUGCAGCCUCCAGACCAGAGCCAGGCGCGCUGCACCCUGCUCAUCGUGCUGCUGACCCUGGCUCUGACCGCACUCGUCUUUCGCAGGAUCUACCUGGUGAAUGAGUUCAAGUUCAACUACGACUUGUGA